UAUGCCAAAAACUUUGAAGAGAUGUUGAUAUUUUUAUUUUGCAAUGUUAAUUAUUCUACUAACAAAAUUAUUAUCUAAUCAUCUUUUGUAUUAUCGUGAAGAUUGAGUAGUUUUUAUUAAAAAUGAUUUAUUUCGACUAUUCAAUAUAAAAUGGUGUGAAUUCACAUAAUAAUUUAUAUGUCUUGAUAUCCAGGAGUUAGAAAUAAAAUGGAGAACCGUCACGCACCACCUGGUAUUAACACACGUUCUGAAACAGCCGCUCAGUCUGCUGCCGAUCUUGAGGUCUUGAAGGAAAUAGAUCAUAUUUACUUCUCACCACCUUCGGAGUUUGAUGCGGCCCGUCAUGCUUUGGAGACAGCACCGUCGCCUCCAGACUGUGAAGCUAUUGAACGGAUGUUCACCAAGCUGAAGCGGCAGCAACAGGUAGUAUCAGGGAAAGCUCUUCAUCUGAUAUCCCAGCAUCGUGAUAACUGUGAUCGCGAGUUCGCAGAAAUCCAAAACAUUCGUGAUCAGCUAUCAGAUACCCUCGAGACCUGUAGGAAGGCCAGGGAACGUCUGAAAGCGGCAUCAGACCACUUGACUAUAUCCACCUUCGUCAUACUAGCUAAUGUCAGAAAGAGACAAAUAAUAAAACGUGUGCUAAAGUCUUUGGAACUGUUGAGAAGUCUUCGCAGCGUGGAGAAGGAUGUCGCGGAACUAGUCAACAAAAAGGAGUAUUACGAAGCGAUCCAGUUGAUCCUGAAUAGUAAAAAAGCAGCCGCUGCCCACAAGGAGUAUACCUGUAUAGCGGAUCUAGCGACAAGGCUUCAGGACACCCUGGACAUGACUGAAGAAAAACUGGACUCGGUACUCGCAAGCAUCUGCUAUAACUUCGACGAGGUUGUGUUCAAGAAACUCAAGAAGGCGUACGAUCUUCUCGGUAAAACACAAGCGGCCAUGGAGCAAUUGCAUAUGCAUUAUUCGUCCGCGGUGAAUGAGUCCGCAUUGGAGGCUGUGAAGCCUUUCUCGACUGAGGUGUCGAUGGAGAUGAAGUUCCAGGAGAUGUGCCAAGCGGUUCCGACCACGAAGGCGCCGCUCUGUUUGUUGAAUCUCUGUGAGAAUCUGUUUCUUGUGAUGCGUAGUUAUUACCUGUUGGUUAAUUGGCAUAUAAAAAACGAAGAAUAUUUACCCAGCUCGGGUAACGUCUUCGAUAUUGAGAGGAACGUCAGCCGGGAGUAUAUAAAGCAGAAGUUAAAGGCUGGUCUCGUCAGAAUCUGGCAUGACGUGCAGGCCAAGGUGUCCACGUUCUUGAAGAGUUCAGGUUUGGAGGAAUUCCCAUUCGAGAAGUUCAUCCAAAUGCUCGGUAUACUGAGGAAGUUGACGCAAGUUGCUGAAGUAUUUUGCGGGGAUACGUCAGAUAUGUUGACCGACUUUAUAAAGACGCAGAGUUUGUCAUAUAUUAAAAAUUAUCAUCGAGGGAGGAUGGAGGAAUUGAAGCUGUUCCUGGAGAACGAGGGAUGGGAACAAUGUCCUGUUAAAACUACCUUCAAUGUCUUGAAUUUGCAAGAAUUUAAACAGUUUAAGAAAUAUCUGAACUCCGUCAAAUCCGACGCUGUUAAAAGCACGCAGUCCGAAACCACGUCGUCUGUGCCGUCGCAGGACGACAGUUUGUAUAUAUCGAAAUAUUUCACCGAAAAAACAUCAAGGACCCCGUUCGAGAUAUUCAGAAACGAGAACGUCACCAACGAGGAUAUUUUCGGGCUUGAACCAGAAUCCGACGACACUGACGUCUCGGACGACGAGCCCGACGAGCUCCGACGAGAUUUCGUCGAAGAUUCCGACCAGACGGUCCCGUUAAGUCCAUCCAAAGUCAAAGAGACCGUCAUAGUCACCAACACAACGCUCUCCGUGCUGAGGAACUGCGGACAGUAUCUUCAGAUCAGCAGAUAUUUACCACAACUAGCGUUAGAGGUGAUCAUGUUCAUGAAUCAGUUGUUCGACUAUUACUUCUACGCCGUCCAUCUCUUCUUCACCGCCGACUUAGAAGUUUCAUCAGCUACGUUAUACAGCGCAAAAUUAAAUUCAGUCCUAAAGAGAAUCACAAACACCAUCAAUAUGGCGACCGAGGACGGUUUGACGUUCGAGUGCCCGAGUGUUCCCAAUCACCUGGACAUGGGAUCCGAAGAGAAUUUACACGGCUGCAGCGAGAGAAUAGUCGCCGUUGAAAGCGUUAUAUUCUUAGCAAAGCAAUUUGAACUUUUACAACCAUACUUAGAGUCGAUAGUCGCUCCGCACCAGCGGAUGAUAUUGGAACACUUCAAGGAGAACACGCUGGCUGUGGUGGUGGAUUUGCGUAUGCCAGUAUACAUGUGCUCAGCCUCGAAGGCGGUUGACGCAAAAUCAGCGCUAGUGGCGAUGUCUCAGGUGAGAUGGGACGUGAAGGAUGUGGCGGUGGAACACAGCCCAUACGUGGAUAUGAUCGUGAGGAAGAUCCAGGUGUUUGCUCUGCGCCUGGAGAACAUAUCGGCCAGGGUGACGCUGAACUGCGACGUCCUCAACUCCGUGUGGGCGAUGGUUUCGAAAUUUGUGGUCCAUUUGUUAGUCGAAGGCUUCUCGAACGCUACGAAAUGCUCAAACGGAGGAAGAGGUCUAAUGCAGUUAGACUAUCGGCAGCUUUUCGUGAAGUUGGAGAAGAUAUCGGGCUUGAAACCGGUCCCUUAUCAAGAAUAUGUAGAUAGAUACGUGAAGGCGUAUUAUUUGCCGAGAAAUGAGUUGGAGAAUUUCGUGAGGGAGCGGACUGAGUAUUCAGUUAAGCAUCUCCUGGCUUUGGUCAGUUCCUCGUGUGAGAACAAAAGGGACAGGCAGGCUUUGACCGCCAUUAUUGAGAGCAAAGAGGCAAAUUAGUGAAAUUAGACCAAUUUUUAUCAUUCAAUUUACUUAGAUUCGUUCGUUCUCAGGACAUUGCGUUAAAAGUGAGCUCCAUAGUUUUGUUAAGCAUAAGUCGAAACGAAACGAUUUUUAGGCGAUAAGUUUGUAUUCCGCACAAAUCUCUUUAUAGACGUUAUGACCUUGAGCAUAGUGCUUAUUGUAGGAGAACAUAUUUUUCAAUGUUUUUUUUUUUUGUGUAAAUACCCAACAAUAAAUCACGAUUUAAAUCCGUGACAGAUAACAAUUAUUGCCAACUGUCAGACGUCAAAUGUCAGACUUGACAGGUGACAGGUCGAUCGUCAGAGUGACAGGUGACAGAUCAUCUGUGAUUUAUUUCAUGCCACAGUGUAAUAAUAUUGUGAACUAUUAACCGACUAUGUCACUCUAAAAAUAUCUACGUGUUUGUACGGCGGCAAAUCAGGUAAUCUCAAAUGUAAUGACAUUGUACUAAAGUGACAUUGUAUCUAUAAAUGUUAAUGAGUUUAAUAUUC